AUGUCCUCUCAGUUCUUGCAAGCUGAACUCACAUCUCUGAUUCAAGACUCACGCCGUAAACAUGCAGAUCUGCGAGCUGCAGCCGAGCAGUCGCUGAACGAGCUCAAGGCUUUACCCUCAACGUCCGAGGCUCAGAUCUCGGCAGAUCUGAUUCGAAAAUCAAAAUUCGUUGAUCCAUUUAUCAUUGCUUGUCACACAAGGCAAACGAAGCUCGCGGGCACAGGUGUGAUAUGUCUGCAACGACUAAUUGCAUCUCACUCGUUGCCGCCUCAUCGCCUGAGGGAUGUUCUUGCAGGAUUGAAAGAUACUACCACUUUAGGCCUUGAUAUUCAAUUGAAGAUUCUCCAGUCGUUGCCUUCGCUGCUGCAGUUCUAUUCGCCGGAGCUGAGCGGGGAUUUGCUCGCGAACACGUUAGACAUAUGUGCGAAUCUACAGGCUAGCAAGACUCCAGCCGUUAGCAGCACCGCAGCUGCCACCUUCCAGCAACUGGUGGUUUCUGUGUUUGAAAGAGUCUCAAAUGAAGAUAAAUUGCCAAAAGAGGGCAAAUCCUUCGUUGAUGUCAAAGUCGAUGGACGCUCUGUGGAGGUGGCAUCUUUUGCGUAUGACGCUCUUAAGGUGCUUGACGAUCUUUGCCGUCUCAUCGACGGAGAGGAAGUCCAAUUCCUCAGCGCAAGAACUCUGUCCACCACUUUCAUCUUGGAGCUCAUAGAAAACAUUGUUUUGAGCAGUGGUCGGCUGUUUGUUGGUCAUCUGGAGCUGUCACAGGUCUUGCGGGUGCGGUUGAUGCCAUUAACUGUGCGAUAUCUUUCUGAGAGGCACUCGUUUUCCGAGACUGUACGGGUUGCCCGAAUACUACUCUUACUUCUCAAGCGGCAUAUGUCUCUACUGGUCGCUGAAUGUGAAAUGGCAUUCGGCCUCCUCACCCACUUGCUCGAACCGGAUGGAAAUGCCCCAUGGAAACGUGUGCUUUGCAUGGAAGUCUUCAAAGGGUUGUACACUGAGCCCGGGGUGGUACGUCUCAUAUACUCACUGUAUGAUGCAGAUGAGAAGAGGAAAAAUGUUCUUGGAGAUCAUAUGGCAUCCCUUGUCCGCCUCUCAUCAGAGAAGCCCUCGUUGAUUGGGGUUAGCAAUCAGUCAACAAUACCACUCCGAGCAGAUCAUGCACGGUCAAUGACUGAAGAUCAAAUUGCACUCGAGACUGGCGGUGUUGCUGGAGUCAUCGGGUCGACCGGUCCCUCAUCAGAUACCCAGGUUCCCGGAAUCAGCAGUCAGUGGAGUGUGAUUCGAACACCUUACAUUGAUCUUCUUGAUAAAUCCGAUCCCCCUCUUCCCCCAGAGACUUACAUUUAUAGCCUUGUUCUUAACUGCAUCAGCUCUUUUGCCGAGGGUCUUGCCAAGUUCAUCUUGCCCCUGACUGUUCCAGAUAUGAGAUCCAAGAAGAAGAGCCGUAUGAUGAAUCCAGAUCAAGGACCUGAUUCCACACGCUCCUCCCAAGAUCUCCAGUCUCCGGGCGCUGUACGCGCACAGGCUGCAUUACCGAUGAGGAAAUCAUCUGUGCCUGUGAACCCUCUGGAGCUGCACUCUCACGUGCAGUAUUCAGCCAUAAGGACAUGCUCUGGGAUCAUUGAAAGUUGCUGGCCGGCGGUACUCGCAGCUUGCUCUACAUUUUUGCACGCGAGUCUCGACGAUGAGUUCUAUCAUAAUCUCGUUCGGGCCUUUCAAAAAUUGGCCCACGUGGCUGGGCUUCUGCGACUGUCGGUACCUCGAGACGCGUUCUUAACAACCUUGGGGAAAGCUGCGAUCCCCGCUGGUACGGGUGUUGCAAAGUCUCAGAGCCUUACGACGUCGACUUUGGGCAUUCCGCAAGCCGAUGAAAGAGGAUCUAGGUAUCGGAAAAGUUCAGAUAUAUCACGAUCGAAUCCCGCCGCCGGGGAUUCCGCGACCUCCUUGGCAGCGGAAGCUUCUGUGCCUCUCAGUACAAGAAAUCUCUUAUGUUUGAGGGCUCUGCUCAAUCUAGGCAUUGCCCUGGGGCCAACGCUCGAUCAGCCAGCAUGGUCAAUCUUGCUUGAAACGUUGCAGUGUGCUGGACUCGUUAUUGGAAUGUCUUCAAGUACGAUGAUCAAAUCAGCCAGUGGCUCGAGCGAUAACUUGGUCUUUGGAAAUGACGUCCCAACAGCAAAUCUUGGUGCGGAGGUAAUUGCGGUGCAAUCGGCCUCCGCCAAAUUGUUUGAAAGCACCAGUGAUUAUCCGAGCGAUUCAUUCCGAGAGAUCGUGCUCGCACUGUUAAGUCUGUCUGUCUUUACCGAGCAGAAGGAGUGCCUAGAACGGGCAACAGAGGAGCUCGAACCCCCACACUCUCCACAUGCGUCACGGCAAGCUGGAAGAAUGCAUCAGAACAGUCGUAGGGUGUCGCUGAUUGUUGGAAAAUUCAAGAUGCAGGACGAGGAACUGAAGUUUGUGCUUGAUAAGGGGAAUGAGAUAGCCCGUGCCAAUCUAGACCGGCUCUCGUCGCUUGUUGAAGCGGAAAUGGAGGCAUGGCAGCUUCUAAGUGGAAGUCUGAUUGCCGCAACGACGAACAACGCAAUCAGACCCAGUCUGCGCCUGCAGGCCAGCAAUAUUCUCAAUUCUCUGAUCUUUCUUACCAUGAAAUCGGGGGUCUCGGUUGACGAUGAAACGCGGAAUAAGGUACAGACAAGGAACCUGCAAACAUUGAAGGACCAGGUCACGAGUCUUUACACUUUCGAUGGGACAAAUUCAAAGUCGAUUCCGACUACGGUUCUUGAGAUUCACGAGCAGAGUCUGGACAUUCUGCACACCAUUCUCGAGCAGUAUGCGGAGACGCUCUCCGAUGGAUGGAAGCUCAUAUUUGACCUGAUAUCUGAUGUUUUUCGAUUGGACGUUUGGGCAGAAGGGAACACCCAGCUCAGAACGUCUUCUGAACGCAGGAGAUCAGGGCUGCCGGGUGGACCACGACUUGUUCGCGCAGCCUACAAGUCAUUGCACUUGGUAGCAUCCGACUUUGUAUCACUUCUCCCAGCGCCUUGCCUUCUGGCGCUCGUGCAAUCAUUCACCAAUUUUGCUUCCCAGGCCCAGGAUUUCAACAUCUCUUUGACUACCACAUCUUUCUUUUGGAAUGUGUCGGACUUUUUGCGAGAGCGUAUCGAAAGAUUCUCAGUCGAGACCUACGUCGAUGCCUCUGUCAGCGAAGACGAGCUCGAAAAGCUGGCUUGCAAUGACGACCUGUCGGUCUCCAGUAAUUGCCUUUGGCUACUGCUACUUCUUCGCAUCGUGCGGAUAACUACCGACUCCAGGUCAGAGAUUCGGAACAGCGCAAUCCACACACUUUUGAGGAUUUUUGACGCGUAUGGACAGCAACUCUCCUCCAAGGCAUGGCGUCUGUGCUUGAACCGAGUGCUAUUCUCAAUGAUUGGAAAGCUUACCGCUACUCUGAAAGAAUCUCGGAACAGGGAAUGCCCUGAAGAUGAGUUCAAGUCAUGGACCGAGACAACUGUGCUUGUAAUCAAAGGUGUUUCCAGUCUGAUUGCCAAUUUCUUCGAUGCAAUAACCAGUGACGACGAUUUCCAUGAAUCGUGGAAGAGACUUUUUCAGUAUCUUCAGGAACUGGUGAACAUGCGUUUGCUGGAGCUCAAUGAGGCAACAUUUGCAAGUGUCUCCUCAAUCUUGGCACAAGGGCACUCGUCCGGAGGGCUGAGUAAGGAGGCCUGUGAAAGCGUAUGGACUCUAUGGGCCAACGGCCAUCCAGCCGGGGAUGAAGACCCCGUCGAUCUCAAUCGGUCCAACCAAGAUGCCGCUUUAGCGUAUAUGCAAAGUCUUCAGCAGCUUUACAGCCUGCACAAAGACCACCUUGGUCCAGAAAAAGUCGAAACAAUUCUCGAGCAUCUGCGCCUGCUAGUUUGGAAUUCGGUUUCUCCCCCAUACUCCCCGGAUGUGGAACGUUCCUCUGCCGUUCAGGCUCUAGUGAUCGAGUGUAUGAAGACACUCUGCACGGAAAAAGAGAGCUCACAGGCUGCCAUUCUGUUGUGCCUGGCCGAUCUAUCUGACUCUCCUUUAACCAAGUGGAACCCCAGCAGCGACCCGAGGAAGCCAGGGUUUGUCGCAUUUUCAAAGGCUCUCGUUGAUCUGAUCAGCUGGUAUAUUACAGGCUUCGGGAUCAAACAAGACAUUCUUUCCAAUGAUGCUUUGGCCCUAGUUCUUGAGCGAUUCGGCGCACUCAUCCUUCAGAAGUAUACCUGGGAAGGAAAGGAUCGAGAGCCUCUCAUGUGGCAGAAAGCCUCCACGGCAGCUCUCAGCGUUCUUGAAGUUGCAGUCCCCUAUGUCGAGAACCAAUACGAAAGUGCCAAGAGAGCGGACAUUGCGCGGUUUUGGCGCUGCGUGGUGAACAUCGCCCAUGGUAUUGUAUCGGCGCAUGGAUAUCAAACUCAGCAGCUCCCCUAUUCUCGCAUCGUCGCCGACGAAAAUUUCGACAUCGCAUCAUUCAUGCGUCUCAAAACUCUGAUUCUUCCUUCCCUCGGCGCCCCCAUCGUCCCGGACACUGUCCGUCAGAGCUUCGCUCUUGCGCUCUUCCAUUCCUCAUUUAUCUAUGCUCCUCAACGCCUAGAUAUGCCCUUGACCUCGAUCGAACAAGAUCCCCUGUGCGAUUUCUAUACCAUCCGACCCGGACGCACUUUCGAUCCCCCACCCACGCUCCGCCCAAAGAUGGCAUAUGCACUUAUAGACACUCUGUUCGAGCUUGCGGCCACCUCUGAUCUCGAUGCACCAAGCUCUGGCCAUCGCACACUGCUGGCUUGUUCUGCCGCACCUUACCUCCUUCUUCGCUGUGCCAUCUCAAUCAAGAGCUUCAUCGCCGAUCAACCCCUCCGCGGCUUGAUGCCGCAACCUACCCCAGCUCGUAAGGACCUCCUGCACCUCUUGGAAAAUUUAGUCCAGUUGCAAAGCGAACCAUCCGCUAUCCCGGACUCCACACCGAUCAAGACAGUAUCUUCCAGAGAGGACUCUGUCUCUGGUCGCCAUCAUCGCAAGCACCUUGAAUGGAUACUUCCGCUUGUCGUGAAAGCUGUUCGGGUUGCCGGCAAGGAGCGUGAUGAUGGGAAGGUCUUGCAGGCGCUCGGGGCGGUGCUGCAGGAGCUUGGCCAGUUUGAGUAA